AGCAGCAUCAUCAUCAUCAUCAUCAUCACUAUCAUCCCUGCCGGACUCUAGCCCGAGCUGGGAGCCGCUCUGAAGUGCCUUAAACAUGGGACACGGAGACCUGAUGAGCCGGGCGGAGGACGUAGCGGACCAGUUCCUACGGGGGACCAAGCACUACCUCCCCCACGUGGCCCGACUCUGCCUGGUCAGCACCUUCCUGGAGGACGGGUUCAGGAUGUGGUUCCAGUGGGCGGAGCAGAGCGAGUACAUUGACUCCACCUGGAGCUGCGGACGCCUCCUCGCCAACAUCUUCGUCCUGCUCAACCUGCUGGGGCAGCUGGGAGGCUGUGUGUUGAUCCUCAGUAGAAACUUUGUUCAGUACGCCUGCUUCACUCUGUUUGGGGUCAUCGGCCUUCAGACGGUGGCCUACAGCAUCCUGUGGGACCCAAAGUUCCUGAUGAGGAACCUGGCCUUGGGGGGGGGCCUGCUCCUCCUCCUGGCCGAGUGUCGGGGGGAGAACCGCACUGUGUUUGCAGGAGUUCCUUCUCUGGGACACCAGAGUUCUCCGAAGAACCUCCUGCAGCUGGGAGGAAGAGUGCUCCUCAUCCUCAUGUUCAUGACGCUGCUGCACUUUGACCUGAGCCUGUUUACUAUCCUCCAGAACCUGGUGGGCUCGGUGCUCAUGGUGCUGGUGGCGGUCGGCUUCAAGACCAAGCUGGCUGCUCUGACGCUGGUCGCCUGGCUGCUCUGCGUCAACGUCACCUUCAACGCCUUCUGGAGCGUCCCGUCAUACAAGCCCACGCACGACUUCCUCAAGUACGACUUCUUCCAGACCACCUCGGUAAUCGGGGGCUUGCUGCUGGUGGUGGCCCUAGGGCCUGGGGGGGUCUCCAUGGACGAGAAGAAGAAGGAGUGGUGAGG